AGAAAAGUCUAUACAGUCGAAAGGAAAGAUCAAUGAAGUUAGCCAAGAUAUACUAACUAGAACAAGCUCAAAUCUGCAAAGUGCGAAAAGUGGGAUCAAUUACCGGAUGAAUAAUGCGGAAAGUCAGUUAAGUUCAAUGUCGUCAAAGCUUACCUCACUUGAAAGGGAACAAGACAACCAGGAAGACAAUUUUGACGGUCAGAUCAGCCGGCUAAGCAGUAGAAUUUCAAAGGAGGAAGCAAGGAAAGUAGCAUUUUCAGCAAGACUAAAUACAAAACACAGCUAUUAUAGUAAAAACGAAAAGAUAAUAUUUGACGACGUUCGGUACAGCUACGGUGGAGGGUACAGCUCAUCAACGGGAAUCUUUACAGCACCGAAAUCUGGAACGUAUUUGUUUACAUUUAACGUGCAAGCCAGGCCUUAUAAAAUAGCUCACGUAGGGUUAAUGGUACGCGGAUAUUGGAAAACACCGGCUUUAGUAGAAAGCGAUGGUACUAAUCUCACAGGUGGGAAUGUAGCUAUAGCAUAUCUCUCCUAUGGUGACAAGGCUUGGAUACAGACAGCAGGUGUAGACGACAAGUAUUAUAUAUGGCCUUACAGGACAACAUUCAAUGGUAUUCUAAUUGACUGAAAUUGAAGAAACUUGCAAAAUGAACCGUUUUGUUAAAACGUCACUCUUAUAAAGCAUCAGGAUUAGUGGGAUGUGGUAGGGCAAAUGAAAAUAAAAGAUAUAGCUGAAAAUUCUUCAAAGUUUAUUGAAGGAAUAUCUAAGUUACAAUAAGUGGGUGACAACCUUUAUUACUGGCUUUAAGAUCUUUGAUUUUCCUAAUAUUUUUAACUUUAAAUAGAAGAAGCUUAAUAAAUAGAGGAUAUUACAUGAGUGUCUUUUCUUAUUGACUUGAAUAAGAUAACAAAAUUCGAGGCCCUGUUAACUUUCCUGCUGAAACAUAACAACUUCUGCUUUCUUCACCUAUUAUAGACAAAGAUGUCUAUUAUACUUAAAACGACGUCAAUUUUAAAGUGUUUUUGCACUAGAGUUAUACAAAAGUAUGUGAAAUCCUGACUUAAUUUCACUCCUACGACGUCAAAAUUUUGAUGAAAAGUUGUUAUUCACACAUCCUCACAUAAUACGCAGAUGUGAUUGGCUUUGAAACUGGGUAAAACGUUAUUUUGAUCUCAUAACUCCCUUUCUUAUAAAAUGUAAACAAAUUAAAAAUCAUUUCAAUAGACCAAUAUCUGUCUUAUCCCAAAUGUUUAUAAUUGGAUCUAUGUGAUGUGGAAAAAAACUGUAACCUACUUACAGAACUAACAUAUGUCAAGUUAGGAAUAAAAAAAUAUAUGCUUUGACAAAUUUAAUAAAAAGGAAAUUUAUAUAUUUAUAGGUAAAACAAACUUUGGUACUUUAAGUAUUUAGACAUUCAAAUGGCCAGAUCAUGUAAGCACUUUGCAUGAUGAUAGCUAACCCUUAUCUUGCUAAAUUUUUGUAAUCAACUUGUCUAUCUCUUAAUUUGGACAGUACUAUUAACUGUUAAAAGGGGCGCUUACCAAAAAGAUACUGACUGAAUGGCGAACAGUGCAGACCAUGAUUAGACUGCACGGAUGUGCAGGCUGAUCUUGGUCUGCACUGGUCACAAAGGUAGAAUCACUUGCCGCCAGCAGGCGUUAAUUUUCACCGGGACUCAAACCUUAACAUAAAUACAGUGGUCAAAAUGUAUGAUUGCUCUUUUGUAAGAAGGUACAGGAAUGUUCAGUAUGAGGAUGUUUAUUGUUUAAAUGUUCAAUGAUAUUGCUAAUAUUUUCGAACAGAUUCGUGUACGAAAUACAUGUAUCAACCUUCAACAAGAUUUGUUGCCUUACAUGGGUAAAAUGUACAUACAAUGAUUAAAUUACUACAACUUUUAUUUUGUAUAUUUCUGUGUUUAAAGCUUCAAAUAUAUUGGUAUGAAAUAUAUUCUAAAACUGCA